GUCAAGGGAGUGCCAGCUGUUUGCAAUGUAGUGCCAAGGACGAGGAAAUUGCUCAGCUGAAGAGACGCUUGGAAAACUCUUAUUCCCGCUACAAUUUGACGCUCCCUCCUGAUGACACUGUGAAUCGAAUUGUUCUUGGUCAGCCCUAUUCCCUUGAGAGUUACCGUAGUCAUGAAGACAAGUGCUCGCUGAUUGAUGUGGCUUUAAGCACUAUGGAUGGAGGGGCAAUCCUGGCCACUGUUCUGCACAUGAAGAACACUGUUAAAAAGAAUUUGUUUGUCAAGGAAAUGCAAACACGGUCCCAUGCUGCACAAGUUUACGUCCAUUACCUCAAACAGCGGCAUAGUUAUGCUGAAGCUAUUGACUUUUUGGGAUUGCUCGGGAAAAAUGAAGAAGCUGCCAUUCUAACAUAUCACAUGGCUGUAACAAGCAAAGACACGGCUAGUAAACUGUCUAACUUGAAGAAGGCUUUGCAGACAUCUUUUAGUGAUCCUAGUCUGUCUCAUGAAGCAAAAAUGGUGAAAGAUCAUAUACAGCUGUUAGAGAGACAAAUCCUGAUUGAUGAGGCUGAUGCACAUGACCAGAGCAACCCCAUGCUGGUAGAGUACCCACGAGUGAGCAACAUCACCGACAAGUCUUUGCUUACCACCCUCUUCUACUGCAGCAUGUACCACUGGGAUGCCCCUGAGUCCCACCCUGCAAGCCCCACUGCUCUAAGGAAGGCACACGGCAUUCCUGAGAGGCAGGUGCUGUGGACAGUGAUCAGGGGCCGGGCCAGGGUCAAUCACUGGCCCUUGCCCAAUGACCUGGAUAGUUGGAUGGGCAAUAAGGGAUUGCGAGGUGCUCUUGGAUCACUUACAUCUGCAUUUACGGGUUCUAGUAGAUUAGUGAAGAAUGUCUUACCAGUUGAACAGGUAGUGCACACUCUGGCAGCUAGCAAUGCUCCAUCCAAUGUGCUGGCUGCAUACAUUGCUUUGUUGGACUCCCUGGACACUCGCCUGAAGUUAGCUGUCAAUCACAAGUGUCACCAAGCUGCUGUGGAGGUUUUCAUUGCCCAGAAGGACAGAGAAGCUCUCGCAUUCUAG